AUGGUUGAAAGCCACGACGAUGUCGUGGAUACCCUCAUCAUCGGCGGGGGCCCCGCGGGACUGGCAACUGCAUUGUACUUGGCUCAGUAUCUGAAUUCAGCCAUUAUCUUUGAUUCCCCCCAGCAUAGCAAGCACGCCAUCCGUACGCACGCGGUGCCGACGUGGGACAAACGCACACUAGCCGACCUGUGUAAGGCCGCGCGGAAGGAGAUCGCGAGCCACUAUUCUACAGUGCGCUUCGAACAGCGCACCAUUCAUUGUGUUAAUAAGCUCACUUCCUCUUAUUUUGAAGCCCGCGACGCCGAAGGCCGGCGAUGGUACGGCAAAACUGUUGUUCUUGCAGUUGGUGUGCGCUAUCUACUCCCUGACAUUCCUGGAUACGACACAUGUUGGCUGGGGGGCAGUUGUCAGUGUCCCCACUGGGGAGGACGCAGUACCCUCGAUCAUCUGCCAACCGCUGGGGUGCUAGCAACCGGCGAAAACAUGACUGCUGAGCAGGCAGUUGCGGAAGCAUGCAUGAUCAGACGCCUAGUAGAAAACGUGGUCAUCUACACCGACGGCAAUUUGGAGCUCGCAGUGGCGAUCGAGGCAUCUUUGGCCACAGCCAAUAUCGGCAAGGUAUCGACAGAUUCACGUCCCAUCGAGAGACUGAGCAAGGGGAUUAAACUAAAUUGCCUGACCGUCGAGUUUGGCAACGGUCCACCAAGGCACCAAGGGUUUCUUCUACAUAAUCCCAAGACAGAGAUUGACGGUCCAUUUACUCGUCAGUUAGGUCUGGAGCUGACCGAGGAUGGUGCUCUGAGGACUGAAAAAUAUGAGACAAGCAUUGAAGGAGUGUUUGCGGUGGGCGACUGUGCAUCCACGUCGAGGACGAUUCUCAAUGCCAUGGCAAGCGGUAUGGCGGCCGCAACACGAAUCACGGCUCAAUUGCAACAGAAUCGAUAG